ACUUGUGAGAGUGCUAGUAUUGGUGAAUAUAAUAGCGCCAACAUAUCACUAAUGGGUGAGCGGGGUAUUUGCGGCGCUCACACAAACACGAAACGAAAGAGAGCACAAAAUGCAACGGAAAAAGCGCCAACGCCGCAACGAAUUGUCAGUUCACUUUUGGAGCUCAUACCGAGCAGUCGAUCGCACACGAACUCGAGCGUUAGUCGCACUCUCCCCAAGAGAUCGUUACGAUUUUUGAAAACAUAAAAAAGUGGAGAAAAGAAACAGUCGUCAAACCAAAAUUAAAACUUAACUAAAAAUGUUAUAAACUGGGCAGCAUAACUACAAAAUUAUAUGUGUUAAAUUUGUCAUGAAAAUUCGUUAAUCCUCCCCCACAUUCAAAACGCAGAAAAGAAGUACAAAAAAAAUACUGUGAGGUACUGUGUUAUGCGGAUUCCAUUUUUUUGUCAUAGUCAAAAUUUCUAGUUUUAUGGUGUGCUUACGGCCGCUGUUGCUGUUGCCCCAACCCGUUGUGCAUAUCUAUACAUAAGCACCCAAAUAUAUUUAGUUUACUAAGAAUUCACACACAAAAUGCUGGAAGACGACAAUUCGGAUCUGUUGGUGUGUGCCACAGAGUUUAAAGAAGACCGCUUGUUCUUUGUUGUAUUUAAGAAGAAUAUCAAGCCAAAGAAUACGGCCUCGACACAUUACUUUAGCAUAGACGAUGAGUUUGUCUAUGAGAAUUUUUACAACGAUUUCGGGCCACUCAAUAUAUGCAUACUGUAUCGGUAUUGCAUGAAGCUCAACAGCAAACUGAGUGCCAAGAGUCACGCGAACAAGAAAAUCGUGCAUUACACCUCCAUGAAUCCGGCGAAGCGUCUCAAUGCGGCUUACCUGAUUGGUUCGUAUGCAAUAAUUUACCUGAAUAAAACGCCCGAUGUGGCGUACAGAUUGUUAACGAGUACAGAGGUGCCUGCCUAUACGCGCUUCUGUGAUGCCAGCUAUGGACCCAGCAGCUUUAAGAUUUCACUGCUCGACUGCCUCAAUGCCAUACACAAGAGCCUGCAGGCGGGCUUUCUUAACUUUAAUGACUUUGAUGCGGAAGAGUAUGAGUACUUCGAGCGCGUGGAGAAUGGCGAUUUCAAUUGGAUUGUGCCGCAAAAGUUUAUUGCAUUCUGUGGACCGCAUCAGAAGUCGAAAACUCUGCCGAAUGGCUAUCCAUGCCAUGCGCCGGAUCGUUACUUCAGCUACUUCAGGGACAACCAUGUGACGACGGUGAUUCGGCUAAACGCUAAAGUCUACCAUGCCUCAUCGUUUGAGAAUGCUGGCUUCGAGCAUAAGGAUUUGUUCUUCAUUGAUGGUAGCACGCCCAGCGAUACGAUACUCAAAAAAUUCUUGUCCAUCUGCGAGAUGACAAAGGGCGCCAUUGCGGUGCAUUGCAAAGCGGGCCUUGGACGCACUGGCAGCCUGAUCGGUGCCUACAUUAUGAAGCAUUACGGUUUCACUGCGCUGGAGGCAAUUGCUUGGCUGCGCCUCUGUCGACCUGGCUCCGUUAUCGGUCAUCAGCAGCAGUGGAUGGAGGACAAACAGAGCUGGUUGUGGUCAGAAGGCGAACGGAUGCGUCGUCGUAUGGGCAUCCCAAUUUUGCAGCACAAGUACGGCAUUUAUAGCAUUGAGUUGAAGGAGAAAUUGGGCAAGAAUGAGAUGGUCGAGCAAACGCCGCUGCAGCUUGCCACGUCGGAUCCGUUCGAGAAUAUCGAUUUGCUGUUGACGCGGGUUAAGCGCAUUUCACAGCGUGUGGACACAAUGCAUUUGCAUGAUCAGGAUACAUUAGAUGGAGGCUGCGAGCAAACGGAUGAGGAGCUAUCAGAACAGCAGCUGGAAUUGCAGGAGCUGCAUUAUCACUCCACGGACGAGGCCAAUUGCAAUGCCAGUGAUAAUGAUACGGAUACGGCUAGUGCGCCCGCAGAUCAAACGCUUGGCUCCAGCUAUGUAGUGUCGACGCGCCGACGUAAAUCGCCUUCGAAUGCCAACAAGCCAACGGUAAUUGCCAAUUCAUUGCGCCGCCUGGUCAAUCCUGGAAGUAUCCGCAACACAAGUGGCAAUAGCAGCGCUAUAUCCGGCAGCCUGGAGCCAGCCGGCAGCUGCACUGAGAAGAAGCUACGCAAGCCAAGCAGCAACGUGUUUGAGGCAGCCCGUCAUACAAUUGCAUCCUCCGUACGCAUGUCACAAACGGCCCUCGAGAAGAAGCAGAUGCAAACGCAGGGCGACAAACUGAAUCAGAUCAAGGCGUUGCGGCGACAUCAUUCGCGGGUUGUGAACAGCAACAGUGACUCUGAUCCAAAUCAACGGCAUACACGCGCACGUUCUCAGCCAUUUCGCAACAACAACAAUGUGGUGAAUGUGUCAACGUCGCCGGCUAUGGCUCUUAAAGCCGUCAGCUGUUUGCCUACAACAACAGCCACUGCAACAGUAACAACAGCAACAACAUCUACAACAACAACAACAGCAUCACAUAAUCUUAACAACAGCAACUAUAAUAUAAACAACUCUUUGCAUAACUGUAACAAUAAUAGCACUAACAACAACAACAACAAUAUGCAAACCAAUACGGCCAGCCGUACGCGCAGUCUGGCUAUCUACAGCAAGAGAAUGGAAUUGAAGCACCUGCGCAAUGCGGAGCAACAGCAACAGGAACAACAGCCCGCUGCUGUGCUCGAUAAGCAAUUGAAAUCCUAUGCAACGAUCAAUGAAAGUAAAAUACCCAUAGGUGUCGGUGGUGUUGGUGGUGCUGGCAGCUCGGCAACCAUACCGCCAGUGCGCAGCAGCUUGACCCGCAGCUCGCUUCACCAUAUGACGCUUAGGGGUCGUUCACGCAUACGCUAUCAGCGGCCUGGUCAAGUUGGUUGUGGCGCAUCUGAAGAGCAAGCGGCGCAAGCGUGCACGAUGGCAACGGCUCGCUACUAUCGUGAUGUGUCCGCUAUACCCACGACACAGGUCAAUGCUGCUUGCAGUAACAGCAGCAGCCCCAGCCCCACCAGUGGGUGCUACACUGUUACGAUGCGUUCCUCAUCCGCUACGCUUGACCUUAACUCUAAUCCGCUGCCAGCUGCCUGCAACAACACAAUUACAACAGGUGCAAACGCAACAGCAACAGCUACAACAACAGCAACAAACACAAGCCGUCUUAGCAUGUUGGCCAGCAUGAACAGUAGCAAUGGACGUACUAGCGAUGAGCAAUCAGUUAACAGCAACUGCAUUGAGCAACAGCACCAAAUGGGGCACCAACUAGGCGGCAGCAAACGGAAUAAGCGUUCGCUUAGCUCAACACGUAUCGAAAAGGACAAAUGCGACGAGUAUAACACUAAAUUGCUGCGUAAGACCAGCGUUGCGGCUGCGGCAGCAGCAGCAGCAGCAACAGCAGCCACCGCUUCAACAAUGAGUAAAAGCAACAAUAACCCCAACAAUAAUAAUAAUAAUAAUAAUAUAAAUAAUAACAAUAAUAAUAAUAAUAACAAUAGCGGCAGCAGCAGCAAAUAUAAUAGCAACAGCGGAACUCCUUCGACCACCACUGGAGGUGGCAGCUUUAGGCUAUCGCGUCGAAUCUUUGCUGAGUCAGGUUCAUCAGCCUCCACAUCAGCCUCCAAUUCUGGUAUACCAACACCUACGCAGCCGCCAACGUUGCCUUGGCAUCAACAUCCUCAUCCACGUGUAUCAGGUCGCGUGACUACGGACCGCGAUCAACAGCAGCAUCUGAAGCUGCGCAAGAAGAUUAGCUACUAAAUGGCUUAGUCACAGCUAAAUGGAACUGCUGCAAUUGUUAUUGUUAAUACCUAUUUUGUAACGAAAAUUUUUUUUAGUAAUACUAGUAAAAUUUACAGAUUCAAGACCCACAACUGAACGACUUGGGUUUGGUUUUUAUUU